CCCGUACCACCACCUCCACAGACUUCGGCACGCCCAUCUCAGGGCCGGUCCGCGUGCACCUCCCCGUUGCAGCAGCUGUUGAUAGCUGUGCGCCUCGGCUGCCAGCCUUGCCAGCGCUCGCCAGCCGCUUAGGCUUCACCACGACCGUCGCGUCUCCAAUCGGUAAUCGGCGUGCCAGCGCAUACAAGCACCUUCGAAAGCAGCAGCCUGCUACACUGAAGGCCGCACCGCAACCAUGAACCACGGCUACCCGCCCCCGCGCGCCAUGGUGCCCCAAGGCGGGCCUAGCCAGCGCCUGAACGAGCUUCUGGACAACAUCAGGACCGAGUUCGAGACCGAAUCGCAGCGCAGCGUCGACUACGAGGGCCAGAUCACCCGUCACAUCCAGGAGAUCGAGCUGAUCCGCAGCAAAGUCUACUCGCUCGAGAACCAGCACAACCAGAUGAAGGCCAAGUACGAGGACAGAAUUGCCGUGCUCGAGCGCGAACUUGAGCAGCGCGGCGGUCCCAGCCAGAGCUCCCACCACCACGGCCCGUCGCAGCCCCAGCCGCCCCAGAUUGGACACGGGCCGAGCAACCUGUUCGGCGGCAUAAUGGCAGGCAGCGCCAACCAGGGCGGCCCUGGCCUUGCUCCUCCUCCUCAGGAUGCCAACCCGCCGCACGGCAUGCCUCCACAGCUUGGAGGCGGCCCGCAAGGCCCGCCCGGUCUCAAUCCUGCGCCAGGCCCGCCACAGCAUUUCGGUGGCUACCAGCCGGGACCUUCGGCCAACGGUUACGGUCAGCCCCCACAGCCCACCGCCUCUCCUGGCGGCAAGCGCCCAGGUCCUCCUCGUGGUCCUCCCGGAGGCCCCGCGACUCCUCAGCAGAACAAUUCUGCUCCCUACCCUGGUUCUCCCCAGGUUCCCCGACCGACCCCACCUCCCCACCACCAGCAGAAUGCUUUGAUGGCUCAACACCAGCCGCCGCUGCCUCUUGCCCAGACCAACUGCCUGGCUGAUCUGGAGGUCGACCAGCUGCCUGCUCAGUUCAAGAGGGAAGGCGACGACUGGUAUGCCGUCUUCAACCCCCGAACAAGGCGUGUUCUCGACGUUGACCUGAUCCACAACCUGCCCCACCAGAGCGUCGUCUGCUGCGUGCGCUUCAGUCUUGACGGUCGCUACGUCGCGACUGGGUGCAACCGCUCCGCUCAGAUCUUCGAUGUCGAGACCGGAAACCCUGUCGCACACCUCCAGGAUGGCAGUCUCCCUGAGGAUGGCGACCUGUACAUCCGCAGCGUAUGCUUCUCCCCCAACGGUCAAUACCUCGCCACCGGUGCGGAGGACAAGGUUAUCCGUGUCUGGGAUAUCGCAACCCGCACGAUCAAGCACCAGUUCACUGGUCACGAGCAGGACAUCUACAGCUUGGACUUCGCCCGCAAUGGCAGGAUCAUUGCGUCCGGAUCUGGCGACCGCAGUGUCCGCCUCUGGGACCUCGAGUCCAACAGCCAAAUCGCCAACUUCUCGAUCGAAGACGGCGUCACCACCGUCGCCAUCUCCCCCGACAACCUCUACGUCGCAGCCGGCUCGCUGGACAAGAGCGUGCGCGUCUGGGACAUCCAGAGUGGUCAGCUCGUCGUCCGUCUCGAGGGCCAGGAAGGCCACAAGGACAGCGUCUAUAGCGUUGCGUUUGCUCCUUCAGGCGGCAGGCUCGUCAGUGGAUCUCUCGACAAGACUAUCAAGAUGUGGGAGUUGACCACACCUACGCGCUUCGUUCCCGGAAACGCUCCUAGCGGCAAGUGUGUCCGCACAUUCGAGGGCCACAAGGACUUCGUUCUCAGUGUCGCCCUUACACCCCACGGCGACUGGGUGCUCUCUGGUUCCAAGGACCGCGGCGUCCAGUUCUGGGAUCCCCACACAGGUGUUGCACAACUCAUGUUGCAAGGCCACAAGAACUCAGUCAUCUCCGUCGCCCCCUCACCAACAGGCGGCGUCUUCGCCACCGGCUCCGGCGACAUGCGCGCCCGUAUCUGGAAGUUCGAUAGGUAUAACGGACCUUAGUCGGACCAAAAUAUCUCCAGCACCCCGAUACUCCUGCCUCCACAAGAGCCAACGGAAGUGCUUGCGCUAACACCGCGCAGUCCGCGCUCACCGGUGUGUAGUGCAAGCCGAUGCGCAGGAGUCCGGAUUUUUUUUGACGACUUUUAUCGUGAGUGGGGUGACGCAAGAGGACG